AUGCCUGAUCUUCGUCGCCAGAUCUUCGAGAGCGGCAAGACCACAUCCCGCAAAGCAGCCUCCCGUGAAGCGUCCAGGGCCACCUCUCGCGCUAGUUCCAAGCAGACUUCACGCCAGUCUUCGCGAGCUGCAAGCAGGCAGCCAUCCGACGAUGAAGAUGCAGGAUAUCUUUCUGAUGAAACAGCUAUGAGCAUCGGCUCACUGGACGACGAGAAUCCUGAGCAAGAUAAUGUAGAUUGGCCCCAAGAACUCGCCGAUCGGAUUCAAGAAAUACUCGACCGCAAGCGUUCCAGUGUGCAGGGUCGUGAGGAGGCCCUAGCAGCCUUCUGCCGGCUCACCAAAUACCAUUAUGCGGUGGAAGAGAUCUACGCGUCAGUUUCUGAUCUACUGGCUGCGUUUUCCAAGAGUGUUCGGUCGGACUCUGUUCGAGAGGUGACCCUGGCACUGCGUGCGAUCGAGCUGCUUGCCAUCACAGCCAGUGACGAUAAGGUCUUUGAAAAUACCGAACCACUUUUGACUCGCGCAAUUCAGGACUCGUCUUCCAAUGCCGUCAAAGCUGCGGCCAUCCAGUCUCUCGCUGCGUGUACUAUCUUCGGUGGUGCAGGUGAAGAUGGCAUCCUCGACCAAAUGACCUUCCUCCUGGAUAUUGUCGCCUCUGAUGGGCAAUCAAUCAAUGCGGCAGAUGACCCACUCAGCGUGACGGCAGCAUUGCAGGCUUGGGGAUUCCUGGCAGCUGAGAUAGAAGACUUCGAAGAAGAGAGCGAAGAAUCAGUACAGAUCCUCAUGGAUCAGCUCGAAAGCAGCGAUUCGGCAGUACAGAUUGCAGCGGGUGAGAACAUCGCCUUACUCUAUGAGAAGAGCUACACCCCACAAGAAGACGACGAUGACGAGGACGAGGAUAGCGAAGAAGAUAGCGACGAGCAUGAAACUGCUACCAACGGACCAAAGCUCGUCAAGCGUUAUAACGCCUACCAUAACACCCCGGAAUUAGAGCGUCAAUUGCAAGCUCUGGCACAUGUGCACUCCAAGACAAUCAGCAAGCGCGAUAAGAAAUCUCUCCACAGUAACUUCGCCUCGAUACUCACCACCGUUGAGAACCCGCGCCGUGGACCUCGUUACAAUAUGGCUAUCAACCAAGACACAAACCGACACUACGGUAGCACUUUGUCGGUCAAGAUUGGUCGGCACGGCGUCAUGAGUAUCGAUCGGUGGUGGAAGUGGACUCGCUUGACGGCACUACGCCGAAUCCUCCAGGGUGGCUUCACUGAGCACUAUUACCAGGGCAAUCGUGCUGUUCUCAACAAUUUGCCUGUAAUGCUACGAAGCGCCGAAUCCAGCCAUGGAACGGCCGAUCGACAAAGCGCGAAGAAGGCAGCAAAGAUGCGGAACUCUCGACGAUGGACUGCACAAGAUUCCGAUGAUGAAGACUAA